AUGAAAAAGACCCAAAUAAUUUAACUAAAACACUAGACUAAAUUACUUAAACUUAUUUGCUAACAUAUACAGCUGGUGUUUAACAAAAUGAUAAAUUUAAAGGAUUUGCUUACUCUAAAAACUUUAAUGGUUAAGUAUAAAUUAAUUUUGAGCAUUUUGUAUCUUUUUCUUGCUCGAUUUAUAUUAGCGUUAACUAAAAAAGAAAUUACUUUCAAAGUAUAGGUUUUUUUAAGGUUUUAUUUGUCCCUCACGAGUCUCUUUAAUCCUCUCUUAUAUAAAUUUGCAAUUUUAAUAUUUGUUUGUCAACUUAAAAGUGCAUGA